UGGUAACACAACAGCUUUUGACAUGAAGCUGCUAAUCAUUCUAUCGGUACUGGCGUGCAGCUAUGCUGACAAAUUGGACAGGACGUACUUGCCUCCUGCAAGUGCUGGAACUGCUGGUGGAAGUCCUGGAGCUUUAACUGCCCCUAGCGAGCCUGGAUUUGACCUUCCUAAAGGUCCUUCUUCAUUUGGCCAACAAACUCCCUCUGGUUCUGCUGGAUUUGGACAGCCUAACGCUGAACAGUCUGGAUUUAGACAGCCCGCUCCUCAGUACGGUGCCCCUGCUGGUGGUGCUGCUGCCCCUAGCCAAGGUCCCUCUGGUUUCAGCCAGCCUGUCUCUCAGUUUGGUGCUCCUUCUGGAUCAGGUUCAUCGCCAGGCCAAGGUCCUUCUGGAUUCAACCAGCCUGCUUCCCAAUACGGUGCUCCUUCUGGAUCCGGCUCAGCAGCCGCUCAAGGCCCUUCAGGAUUUAGUCAACCUGCUUCCCAAUAUGGUGCUCCUUCUGGAACAGGAUCAGCUCCUGCCCAAGGUCCUUCCGGUUUUGGUCUCUCGGCCAAUGCUGGCCAGCAAACAUCUCAGUUCGGUGCUCCCGUUGGUGGCCCAGUUGCUGGACAGGACGCAGGAUUAGGCUUUGGAGCUCAAGAUGUGAACGCAUACUCCGGUCAGGCCCAACCUGAGCGUGAACGUGCCUCAAUCGACAGGAACGCUGAAAUCUUGAGAUACGAAAACCAGAAUGACGGUGAAACCUUCUCAUACGCCUUUGAAACUUCGAACGGAAUUUCUGCUGAAGAAUCUGGUGUUGCUACCAACGGAGUGCAGGCUCAGGGUGGUUUCGCUUACACUGGUGAUGAUGGCCAGGAGUACAGAAUUACUUACACCGCUGACGAGAACGGCUACCAGCCUCAGGGAGACCACUUGCCUACUCCGCAUCCCAUUCCUGAAGAGAUCUUGAAGUCGAUUGAAGAGAACGCGAGGGCUGCUGCUGCUGGCACGCAAGAAGGUGCUUACAACCCUGAAGAAGACUCCGGUCCCUCAUCCCAGCAGUACUAUGGUGGAGCUUCUCCAGCGUACCAGGCCCAAGGUCAACCUGGCCAGUCUCCUUCUCAGUAUGCCGCUCCUGCUCAAUCUGGACCUGCUGGAUCCUCAACUUCUCAAGAUGGCUCACCUCAACGUGGUCAAGGACCUGCUUCACAAUACGGUGCCCCUGCCCAAUCUGCAGCUGCUGCACCUGCAUCUGUUUUCUCAUCCCAAAGUGCCCCAUCACCUGCUUCCCAAUACGGUGCUCCUUCUCAAUCUGGAGCUGCAUCCUCAGGCCCUCAAGGUUUUUCGGCUACACGUGGUCAAGCCGCUCAGGGACUUUCUCAAUAUGAUGUUUCAGCUCAGUCUGGACCAGCUGGUCCUUCUAGCUCUGGAUUCCAAUCUCAGCGUGGCCAAGCUCCUGCUCCUUCCUCAUCCGGACCUCAGGGUUCUUCUCAAUUCAGUGCAUCUGCUGGUCUCUCUGGUUCUGUUGGAGCUUCCCAAGGUGGUCGUGACUCGGGUUAUUCGUACAAUGUUCCCAAUGCUGCUCCAUCUGGAUCUCAGAGCUUCUCGUCUCAAGGAAGUCAGGCAUCAGCUAACCAAUACAAUGCCCCAGCACCUGCUCGUACUCAAUUGGGAUCAAGCAGACCAUCUGGCUCCCAAGGUGUAGCUUCUCAGAGCAGCCAGAACUUGGGUUCUCAAUUCGGAGCUGCCCCUGGAGCUCAAGAUAGCCAAACCCCAACUAAUCAAUAUGGUGCCCCUACUGCCUCAGGAUCUUCCUCACCAUCUGGCUCCCAAGGUUUCUCAGCCCAACGAGCUCCAGUUAACCAAUAUAAUGCACCUGCAUCUUCUGAACCCACCGCACCCCAAGGUUAUCCUUCCCAGGGCAGCCAAGCUCCCGCCCCUGAGUUUGAUGGUCCUCUCUCUUCACCUUCUGGUUCUUCCAGACCUUCCAGACCCCAGGGUUUCUCAUCGCAACCUACUGGAAGCCAAGGCUCUCCUUUCGCUGCUGCUGGACUAUCAGGAAACAAUGGACCUGCUCGUGCUGGAACACAAGGACAAUCGGCUCAAGGAGGAGAUGAUGGAUACCAAUACAACAGGCCUCAGGCUCAGUUUGGCAGACCCAACCAACCUGGACAGUUUGGCCAGCCGGCGCCAGCUCAGGGACCCGCUUACUCCAGGCCUCAAGGAUUUGGUCCAUCGAGACCUGCUGGUUCUGCACAACUUGGUCAGUCUUCCUCUUCUGGUAAUGCCCCUACCUCAAGCUUUGGACCAUCAUCUGGCCCUGUUAGCCUAGGGCUUCCGAGGAGGAAGGUCCAAAAGUAGGCUUUUGGACCUUCCUCCUCCCCUCAAGGCGCAAGAUUCCCCGUAGCAUCAAAUGAUCAAGGAUAUCCUAGAGGCCCAGCUGGAUCAC